CUGGAUGCAGCGUUUUCCGCUGUGCCUUUCAUUCUGGAGUUAAACCCUGAGUGCCCCUGAACUCCAAGCUUUGGGUCGUGCUCCCCCCGCCCUCCCGUAAACACAAAGCGCUAUUGUGCCUGUGCGCUGUGUGAGAACAGAUUCUGCCUUGGUGUCCUCAAGCAGAAUCCCUGUAAGGCGCUACCGUAAGAAGUCGUCUUUACUGAAGUGAAGCUUGUCCAGCCGGGGCCUGUGAACGCUGCUUUACACACCCUCAACGUGUGUGUGGGAACGUUGCGAUAACAAAGUGCUCUGUGCGGCCGAAGAAUGCAGCAGGAACAAAAGCCGCAUCGACGGACAAGGGACUAGGGAAUACUGAGUGGUUGACAGGAAUUUUAAUAUCAAACUCUCUCUUCCUUGUGGCUCGGCGUUUUCAGGAAGCCCUCUGGCUUAUCGUAAAGCGGCACACAGCACAGACAGGGGCUUGGGAGGGGAAAGGUGGCUUCCUGCCAUUCUUCUCUGGAACGGGGUUCCCAUGGGCGGUCAUGCCAGUUUCACUGUGGCUUGUUCCCUGCUGUUAUGAUACAAGGAAACCAGGAUUCCUGCUCCUUUGAGGGAUUUAAUUUCCAUGGGCUGGCGGCAAGUUUAGAGCCAGCGAGUAUGAAUCGCUUCAAUGGACUGUGCAAGGUGUGCUCGGAGCGGAGAUACCGACAGAUUACAAUCCCUCGAGGAAGGGAUGGGUUUGGCUUCACCAUCUGCUGCGACUCUCCCGUCCGUGUGCAGGCUGUAGACUCUGGUAAGAGAACGACCCAUUGUGACGGACUGGGCCGGGUCUGGGCACCGCUCAGGGCGUUCGCUCAGGGCGAAUUGCUCAAAUUCGGGGCUCUGCUGCGGCCUGUGUACCAGGAGCAGGAUGCUGCUGUGGGAAGUGCAGGGAAAGGCAAGUCCCAUGCCGGCUCCGGGCGGAAAUCCAGGCUGAUGAAGACAGUGCAGAGUAUGAAGAGCUAUGGGAACUACCAGAACUGCACCGUUGUGAGGCCUCAUGUCCCGCACUCCAGCUACGGCACCUACGUGACCCUGGCCCCCAAAGUGCUCGUGUUCCCGGUGUUUGUGCAGCCUCUGGACCUUUGCAACCCAGCCCGGACUCUCCUUUUGUCGGAGGAGCUGCUGCUUCAUGAAGGCAGAAGCAAGACGUUGAAGGUGACUGUCUUUGUCUACUCGGACUUGCUGCUCUUCACGAAGGAGGAUGAGCCCGGUCGAUGCAACGUGCUGAGGAACCCUCUCUACCUGCAGAGCGUCAAACUCCAAGAGGGUUCCUCUGAAGACCUGACAUUCUGCAUCCUCUACCUUGCAGAGAAGUCGGAGUGCUUGCUGCGUUUGGAGGCUCACUCCCAGGAGCAGAAGGAGAGGCUCUGCUGGUGUCUGGCCGAGAACAUCGGUAAACAGCAGCCCCCGGCCGCAGCUCCUGCAGAGAACAAGGUAGAGCUGGCGGCUGCUAACUGGGACUCGGCUCCUCGCAGAGGGAACAGAUGUGAGUGUGGGGCCCAGCUCCGCAGGAUUCCCGGGGGGCUGAGCCAAGUCCCGGGGGCGCUGGAAUGCCAUGCAGAGACAUUACACAGGGGGAUGUUCCUGACCCCCCUCGGCAUGCCCUCAGAGGAGGAGAAGGUGGCAGAGGGGGGUGAUGCCAGCUCGGCCCCCGAAGGGGAACCAGAGGGGGUGUUGACAGAGGCCAUCCCGGCUGCCCCGCUGGAGGAGAAGGAGGUGGAGACAGGGGCCAGGCAUGCGGAGAAGCAGCCUGGCUCCAGCCCGGCCUUUGUGAUCCCGGAACUGCGGCUGGACAGCACGUUCAGCCAGGGCGCCGAGAGUGUGGCUGAGGGCCCCAGUGGCGAGGAGGAUGAGGACGAGGAGGAGGAGGAGGAGGAGGAAGAGGACAGCGCCCAGCACUACCUGGAGGGGAACGAGGUCAAGCGCUGCAGCAUGAUUGAGCCGCCAGGCUGCGAGGAGGCCUGCACCCUGACCCUGCAGGGCUCCCUGCGGCGCCGCACGCACAGCGAGGGCAGCCUGCUGCAGGAGGCCAAGGGCCACUACUUCACCUCCGACACCACCCUGCACUGCCUGGAAAGCCAGCACUCCCAGGCCCGCUGGGCCUUGCCCUCGCCCAGGACCCUCAAGAAGGAGCUCACGAAGAACGGGGGCUACAGCCACCAGCUCGGCCUCCUCUUCUCUGGGCACAGGAAGCUCAGCGGCUCGGACGACUGCAGCUGUGAGGACGGGGACGAGGCCUCCUGCAAGAAAAGGAGCAAAAACUUGGCCAAAGACAUGAAGAACCGCCUGGGGAUAUUCCGACGGCGAAACGAGUCUCCGGGAGGCAACCCCAAGCUGGACAAAGCAGUGAAAUCCCUCAAGCCGAGCCCGGAGGAAGCGCUCAAGUGGGGGGAAUCUCUGGAGAGGCUGCUGCACCAAAAAUAUGGGCUGGCCGCCUUUCGGGCCUUCCUGCGGACGGAGUUCAGCGAGGAGAACUUGGAGUUCUGGCUGGCGUGCGAGGAAUACAAGAAGAUCAAAUCCCAGUCCAAGAUGGUGUCCAAGGCCAAGAAGGUCUUCGCCGAGUACAUUGCUAUCCAGUCCUGCAAAGAGGUGAACCUGGACUCCUACACGCGGGACCACACCAAAGAAAACCUGCAGACUGUCACCCGGAGCUGCUUCGACCUCGCUCAGAAACGGAUCUAUGGGCUCAUGGAGAAGGACCCUUACCCCCGCUUCCUCCGCUCCGAGUUGUAUUUAGACUUAAUCCACCAGAAGAAAUCCAGCCCCUCCCUGUAGAGCCCACGGACUCUGCCGGGGCAGCCUGGGAGCUGCCUGUUUACAUGGAAUGGACUGGAGCGAUCUUCGGGGAGCUGGCCUUUCUGUGCGGGGCCGCCCGGGGAAGCCAGAGCUCUGGAACCAGCGGAUGUGUGAAGAGGCAAAGGCAGAGAGCAAGAGGCCCGGGGGCUGGAGAGCCAAGCAGUCUGGUACUGUUGCAUCGUACCCUCCUCAGGGCCUCCCCAUCUCACUGGUACGACGCCCUUUGCCGAGGCUCAGGUGUGAUUUUAGCCAGGAGGGAACUCCCACGAGACUACUGUGAAGUACUGGCCUGAGCUUCGUCUUUGGUUUUGGGGGGCAACAAGUGACCCUGAGUUAGGGGGCAGCGGGGCUUUGGGGUGGGUGGAAACCAAGAACCUGCUUCUUACCUCAGCAAGAGACACUCAACUGGACCAAACCCCUGUCAGUGGGGCUUCUGUGCUCCGCCCCGAAAGCCCUGCUGGGGGGCUACAAUGGCACUUCUGUGGCAAUGCGCCCCGGAGCAGAAAAGCCAGUUCCUUCCCCAGGCCAACCACACUCCUCUCCAUUUAUUUAUUGACCUCCCGUGUCGUCGCUGUAUGAUAGGAGCUCCCUGCGUCCUCUCUUUUCUUCAUGUACAAGUGCAAUAUUUCCGCGCGUCUUGCUGGAGUCCCAGUGGAGUGGACAACCGCCUCUUCGACGAGCGUGUGCAACACUUUCUAACUCUGCGGGGUUUGACAAACUCUGUGCUCCUAGCAGCAGGCCGUUGGGAGCCCGUAGGUGUAAAUAUCGUUCCGUGACGACGGAGGGUUUGAUUGUGCAGAUACACAACCGUGUGAAUCCGACACUCUCACGACUCUGGAUAAACCAUAUGGUGGUCUGGGAACUUAGUGCUGGAUCUGACCAGACAGAAUGUCUUGGGUCUACGUGCCCAGUUUACAAUACAAAGCAUCUCGGCAGCGAACACAAACAUAUUGAGGUCGUGGCUAUAGUGUAAAUAAAAGGAGAAUAUCA